AUGUUUUCAUCAUCCACCCUCAUCUUUGAUACAAGUAAAAAGGGGAUUCUUUCACUCUAUAGAACAGUACUCAAGGAAGGAAAUAAAUUCCCAAAGGAAAUACAACGUACCUUUGUCAAACAAAAGGCCUCGACCAUGUUCCGAAAGGAUGUACCUCCACAAGAAUUAGAAGAUGCAUUCCGACUUGCAUUGACACACAUUGAUAAUAUUCGUGCUCAAGUUGAGACUCAUAGAAAAUUAUAUGCUGAUGAUAGGCUUUCGCCUGAGGACUUGGAAAGAAUUAGAAAGGAGGAAUUGGAAAGAGAAAGUCAAAGAUAUCGUGAUGAGGAAAAACAAGGAUGGGAUAAUUAG